GCUAUUGGCUGAUCACAGUUAGAGGCUGCUUAAUGUGCUGGAGGGAUCCCCUGGCUUGUAGGCUAAGGAGCAGCUGCUUAUCAAGGAAGACCUGAUUGGCAUGUUUGCAUGAUGAGUUAGGCUAAUUAGUUGAAUUGCAGGGUUCCUCUAGUCAUUUCUAGGUCCGGAUAAGUGUGGGGAAAAAAGAGAGUAUGGGAAAAUAUGUGUGCAUCCAAACUUUUGCUCCUAUUCUGUUUUCUAAAAUAGAAAUUCUAAAAUAGAAUUCAGAAUGUCUAGAAAUAAGUAGGCAGCCAGUACAGCAAAAAUAUCUAGGCUACCACUACGGGGUCUAAUUUGCUAGCACAAGCUAAUGUUAAUCACUUCGCAAAAUCAUUUUGCUAAUUCAGUGCCCUGCGCAUGACCUUACACACAAACAUGGGUGGGUCAGAACACAGCAGAUGAAGCUCUCUAACUGAUUUUCUUUAAAAUCACACACCAUUUUAUUGAAACUUAUGGUUACACUUUACUUGAAGAUAUCUACAUAAAAGUGACAUGACACUGUCAUGAACGUGUCAUAACCAUUAUAAGCAAGUCAUGAACGUUUAUGACCUAACGCUUCUCUCAUUAAGUGUCAUUCCGUUUAUGACAAGUUAGAGUUAGGGUUAUGGUUCAUGUGUCAUGACUGUGUCAUGUCACUCUUUUGUAGAUACCUUCAAGUAAAGUGUUACCAAACUGUCAUGAGUACCAAGUAGGUCACAAACUCAUUAGUCACCAAAUACAGCGGGAGCUCGGCCAUACUUAAUUUGCAGUCAUUUAUGGUUCCCACAGAGUUUGGAAAUUUUAGCCUGGAGAAAUAUGGAAUUUUAAAAUGGAAAAUGUGUAGGAACCCUGGAAUUAGUUUGUUGCUACAUUUGUUUCUUUAAACUGUGCUCAUGAGUGCAUUCAUUCAGGUUUUGCAAGUAUCUAUCUAUCUAUCUAUCUAUCAAAGGUUAAUGUUAGAUUGGUCCGUUUAGCCUGAAAGUCGGUCUGUGUUUAGGGUGGACAUGGGGACGUGGGGGUCAGAUGGUCAGGGCUGGAUUAGUGGCGCUGCUUGAGUUUGGGCUGCAGCCCGCAGAUUCCCUUCAGCAUGUCGCCCAGCUAACGCCGACAACACAUCCCCAUCUACACCCCAUAAUAUACAUGUAAUCGGUGAAGUGUGGACUAACUGGACAUAGCUGCAGCUUAACAAGCACUGCUGGCUGGUGAGGCAGGCCACAGCAGGACACAACAUACAUGUCAUAAAUUCUGAGUCUGCAUACUAACUAAUUCCCAAAAACCUGGAUUAAACAUUUACAUGCAACAAAGGUGUGUGCGUUUGUGUGUGUGUGUGUGCGUGCGUGUGUGUGUGUGCGUGCGCGCGUGUGUGUGUGUGUGCGCGCGUGCGUGCAGCUCCAGGCUCUGAUGGACAAAGUGGGGACUAUGGGCGGGGCCUGGAAAUUUAAUCUGGGGAGGCAGGGCAUAGGAUGGAAUUUUGUAGGUCUUUUAAGGGAAGAUUAUAAUCCCACUUGGAUUUACGGCGUGCAGGAUAGGGGGAGGGGAGUGAGAGAGAGAGAGAGAGAGAGAGAUUAGGGGCACAGGGCCAGAUCUUCUUAGAUCUCAUCUGUGCAAGUGCACUAGUGUGGCAGUAGUAUUGUCAGUGCUGACCUGUGAUCAGUUCUCUGAUGAUACUCCAUUCAGCUCAACCUUAGGAGCCAGUGCAUCCAUCAGAUCUUCCACCAGUACUUUUGAAUCUUGUAUCUGACAAAGAGGGCAGCUUUCAUUUCCUAAACAUCGUUGGUAGAAAGUAUAGAAUUGUUCUGAUUGGCUGUGGUGAUGCAUUGAAGUGUGGCAAUGCUCGACCUGUAGGGUAGUGAACUCUCUGGUCUAACACGAGUGAUGACACACUGAUGUCAAUGUACACAAUGUUCAUUAGAGGGAGAGAGGGGGAGAGUGCAAGGUAGAGGGAGCAAAAUGGGAGGUAUAUGUUGGCUCACUUUUUUGUGUGCACAUGUAUGUGUGGAGAGGGGUGACAUGGAGUCCACUAUCACACUCUCGAGUGGUGGUUCUUGUAUAAGAAUCCUUACAUAAGUACUAUCCCUACACAGCAAGAGAGGAUUGUGGGAUUGAGUGUGUGUGUUUGUGUGUUUGUGUGUGCGUGUGUGCGUGUGUGUGUGUGUGUGUGUGUGUGUGCGCGCGCCGAGGGAGGUAGUAUUAAAGGCAGUGUGUGGACUGGAUUUACGUUCACAUCUGUGCAACCCAGUGGCUUUCGUCUGUCGUUUCCUUUCUGCCCUCUCUCUCUAUCUCUCUCUCUCUAGGUCUCUCUUUUCCACCUUUCCCCCUUCACGCUUUACUCCACUCUCCUCUCCUCCUUUCCCCCUCUUCACUCUUCAUCCCUCUCUCCAGCUCUUCCUCUGCCUCCUUUCCACAACCCUUCUUCCAAUUUACAGCGUGAAUUUCUAUCUGCUGGUCACCCCUCCCCCCCACCUCUCUCUCUCUCUCUCUCUCUCUCUCCACCCCUCUCUCUCUCUCUCUCCAACUGAGCGGUUGCUUUGCUGCGGCAUUGUAGGCAUCUGUGCAGCUAGCUGGGCUGUGUGUGCGUUGCUGUAGUCAGCGGUGUGGGCUGUGCCAGUUUGAAGCGUAGCGUUCGGAGCCGCGUGCCGAGGGUUGGGGCUGACAUGGUGCUGGCGCUGGAGCAGAGGCUCUCUGAUGGGGCGGAGCCGGGCGUAGGGGCCGAGGAGCCCGAGGAGUCCGGCGAGGGCGACCACACCGCUGAGGGCGAGGAGGACCACACCGCCGAGGCUAUGCAGCAGGUGUUGGAUAAUCUGGGCGGGUUGCCCACCUCCACCGGAGCCAAAGACCUGGACCUGAUCUUCCUGCGAGGGAUCAUGGAGAGCCCAAUCGUACGUUCACUCGCUAAGGCUCAUGAGCGUCUGGAGGACGUGAGGCUGGAGGCGGUACAGGAGAACAACAUGGAGCUGGUCAACGACAUCCUGGGAGACAUCAGUGUCCUGACGGUGAGAGACGACAGCGCUGCGGAACUCACCAAAAUCCUGCAGGAACCCCACUUCCAGUCUCUGCUGGAGGCUCACGACAUGGUGGCAUCUAAGUGCUAUGAGGCCCCUCCCCCGCAGGACAUGAGUAACGAUGCGCUGGUGAACAGCGCUCUCAUGCAGGCAGACGCGGUCAGGAUGAUUGGCAUCCGCAAGAAAGCCGGAGAACCUCUGGGUGUGACAUUCCGUGUGGAGAAAGAUGACCUGGUUAUCGCACGGAUCCUCCAUGGGGGCAUGAUUGACAGGCAAGGCUUGCUCCAUGUAGGUGACAUCAUAAAGGAGGUGAAUGGGAAGGACGUUGGGAACAACCCAACAGAACUGCAGGAGAUGCUGAAGGAAUGCAGCGGAAGCAUCACCCUGAAAAUCCUGCCCAGCUACAGAGAUGCCCCUGCACCUCCACAGGUCUAUGUGCAGCCUCACUUUGACUACAAUCCAGCCAAUGACAAUCUGAUUCCAUGCAAAGAGGCGGGGUUAGCCUUCCAGCGAGGGGACAUCCUACAGAUUGUUAAUAGGGAGGACCCUAACUGGUGGCAGGCUUGUCAUGUUGUGGGUGGAGCUACAGGUCUGAUACCCAGUCAGUUCCUGGAAGAAAAGAGAAAAGCGUUUGUUCCUAAAGACUGGGAUGGUGCAGGUGCUCUGUGUGGCACAAUAAGUGGGAAGAAGAAGAAGAAGAUGAUGUAUCUCACAGCCAAAAAUGCAGAGUUUGACAGGCAUGAGUUGCAGAUUUAUGAGGAAGUUGCAAAGAUGCCGCCUUUCCAGAGGAAGACCCUGGUUCUGAUUGGUGCUCAGGGAGUGGGCCGCCGCAGCCUGAAGAACCGCUUGGUGGUGCUGCAACCCGAACGCUUUGCAACCACAGUACCAUUCACGUCACGGCGGCCGCGUGACGACGAGCGCGAUGGCCACUCCUACCGCUUUGUGUCACGGAUAGAAAUGGAAAUUGACAUCCGAGCUGCCCGCUACCUGGAGCACGGCGAGUAUGACGGCAACCUGUACGGCACCAAGAUCGAGUCCAUCCACCAGGUGGUGGAAACAGGCCGAACCUGCAUCCUGGACGUCAACCCUCAGGCGCUUAAAGUCUUGAAGACAUCAGAGUUCAUGCCAUAUGUUGUUUUCAUUGGUGCGCCUGAGUUCGAAACCCUGAAAGCUAUGCACAAAGCGGUGGUCGAUGCUGGAAUCACUACCAAGCAACUCACAGAUGUGGACUUGAGGAAGACCGUUGAGGAGAGUGCACGCAUCCAGAGGGCGUACAGCCACUAUUUUGAUUUGACCAUUGUCAAUGAUAAUUUGGACCAUGCAUUUGAGAAGCUUCAGGCAGCAGUUGACAAACUCUGCUCAGAGCCACAGUGGGUCCCGGUCAACUGGGUUUAUUGAGAGUGUAAAAUACACAUGCACAUAGUCUCACACACACAAACACACACACAUAUCACUCUGAAGGGUGUGUGUGUGUUUGUGUAAAUACCUCUGGCGACUGGUGUAGUUUGUGUGGCGGAUUACCCAUUCGCUGCACCAGAACAGUUUUAGCCACUCGUGUGUGUGUGAGUGAAACAAAAUCCCGCCCCCUUUUGCAUUUUCCAAUGAAGUGUUAUUUUCUACUGAAUCUGAAGAAUCUUUUAUUUAUUUUAAUAUUUGCAAGUUUCUACAAGAAAAUAUUUCUAAUCACGACAACAAGGAAUUCAAAAGGAGAAAAUUGGGAGAGAGAGGAGCUGUAUGAGCUCUCAUAUGUUCUAACUCACUGCUGUGUGAGUGUGCUAUUUUUUUUUAUUUUUUUUUGUAGCUUCCUGGACCCAAUGCUGUUAGUUCACUUUUUGUUAACUAAAAUGGUCGCAAAAGAGAAAUGCAUCUUGUAGCUAAAUUGAAAAAGGGCUUUACUGGAACCAAGACAGCAGGUCAAGAACAAGGGCAAAAUGGAGACGGGAGUGUUCCAGAACCCGAAUGAGAAAAAUCCUUCAGAAUUGUUUACAAUGGUGUGCUGAGGUUGGUUGCCAUGGUCGUGGUGGUAUGAGACGAGCUGAAGCACAUCGCAGAGACCCUCAGACAACUGUGAUAGAUCUCAAGACGUCACCUCUAUGCUUUUACCAGUUCUCACUUUCAGAAGUCUGAUAUCCCCUGUGCAUGUCUGUGUGUCAUAAUGACAGCUGUGUUUUGUAGCUUUUGUCUCAUUUCUUGUAAUGUUUUUAUUAUGUGUUAAAAAAAACACUAUUUGUCACACAAAGAUCACUUUAGCUUGGAGAUCUAGUCAUCAGAUUCCCCAUUAUGCUUUUUGUAGUUUUUUUUAAAUGGAACCAAAGUCACCCUUUUAGGAACCACUCAUGUUGUUCCUCUGUUUAGCAUACAUGAUGUUCUUUAGAUUUUCUAUCUGUGUCGUUGGUGAAAACUUGUCUCCCACAAUCCUUUUGCUGUGUCACCUGUUUGCCAAAGCCAACUUGUCCAUCAAUGUGUUUGUGAAGUAACUGGUUCAAAUUUUGUUUUCAUUUGUCUUUAUUACCCUCACUGGUACUGUAAUGAUAUUAUGUAUACCUCUGUAUACAACGCAAUAAAAUAACAUUUUACCCUCUUGAA